GAGUUGUUCAACACGUCAUCCAAAUUGCAAUACAUUUUCCUAUGAUUUCAUAAUUAUUACAUAUUUUUCAUUCAUAUGUUAUACACAUUGCGAACACAAACACAACAUCUGUUUAAAGGGACUAAUCGUACGAUACGUUUGGCGUUAAUUAUAGGCAUUAAUUGUUUGCCAAUGCAUUGAAUGCAUUGAUUGUGUUGUCGAUUGUUGUUGUGAUUUGUGGCCCAAAACUAGCCAUCAAUUAAAACACACAAUAAAUAGUGAUUUAAUAAUUAAAUUAUUGUAUUAAUAAUGCGUUGAAUUGAUUGACGCGAGAAAUCACUUGACUUUUGGCCAAUAAAUGGUUGAGAUAUUGAUUGCAGACUUGAUUUGCUGUUGAAAAACGCCAAUCGAUUCCCAUAUAUAAGAGAUAUAUUUCUUAUCACUCAAUGGUUUCGCUUUAAACUCAUCAAUGCUUUCCUUUCAAUCAUUUAUUAUAUAAUUUAUUAUUCAUUUAAUUUGUAUUUAUUUGUUAUUAUUUGUGACCCGAAGUAGUCGUCCGUUUCGGUCGCAGAGAAACCAAUUGUGAAGUGAUUUGCAAAUGAAAUUGAUUACCAUUUGUGACAUUUUAACGAAACUUAUGUUUAGAUUCAAUACAAUUGUCACUCAUUUAUGAUAUAAAAAGUGUGACAAUAUUUGCCAUUAAUUUUGUCAUAAAUUAGUUAUUAAUUACGAAAAUCAAAUACAAGAGUGAAUAAUAUUGAAGAGAAGAACUGAUCCCAAAGAAAGAUGUCUUCACGGAAGCGACGGAACUCUUCUUCGAGACACAACAACUGCGAUGGAAGUCCUCCACAGAAGCGCCCAAAUGUCAUAAAACCGGCCAUUUUUAGCGACGACAGGGAAGCGGUGCAAGAGUUGUCUGAAUGCGAUUACAGCAUAAAGUGACGCUAGAAUCGGCCCAAAAAGGUCUCGUCAACCGACGGAUCCGUAUCUACGCGGACGGCAUAUACGACAUGUUCCACGCGGGACACGCCAGACAACUGCUUCAGGCCAAAGGCGCCUUUCCCAACGUGUGGCUCAUUGUCGGCGUAAACAGCGAUUACAAGACCAACAAAUACAAGGGAAAGACUGUUAUGAAUGAAACGGAAAGGUAUGAAGCGGUCAGACACUGUCGAUACGUGGAUGAAGUGGUUCGGGACGCGCCGUGGGUUCUCACCAGUGAGUUCUUAGAGAAACAUAAGAUUGAUUUCGUGGCUCACGACGACAUCCCCUACACGUCCUCCGAUACGGACGAUGUCUACACAUUCAUCAAAGAGAAGGGUAUGUUCUACACGACUGAACGCACGGAAGGCAUCUCCACAUCGGAUUUGGUGUCCCGUAUAGUCCGUGAUUACGACGUCUACGUCCGCCGAAACCUCGCCCGCGGCUACUCUGCCAAAGAACUCAACGUCUCUUUUCUUAAUGAGAAGAAGUUUAUUCUUCAAAACAAAUUGGAUUCGUUUAAAGAUAAGGGAAAGACUUUUGUGGAGAAUUUAGGAGAGAAACGACACGAAUUCAUCCAGAAAUGGGAGGACAAGUCCAGAGAAUUCAUCAAUAAUUUCCUUGAGUUGUUUGGACGCGAAGGAAGAAUUAAUAACUUCUUGAGCCAAAGUACUGGUGCGCUGAAGAGAGCGCUCUCUCCAGAGCCGAGUCCGUCGUCGAGUCCCACCCGAAACGGUUCUGACUCUCCGGACGCCAAACACAUGCGUUUCAUUUCUGCCGACACCGAACCCAAUCAGUUCUCCGACGACAGCAGCGAUGAGGAGACCGUCAAAUACUUUACGCCAACUCACGAGCGCUCUCUCGAAGAGUUGCAUUAAUAAUGAGAGAUAUUUAUGUUUCAAAAUAAAUAUUGAAUAUUUUUGUGUCCAAACAUUUUUUGUGCAACAAAUUUAGGUCUAGUCUUAAAGAACUCCAAAAAGCAAAGUUUGUGUGACAGUAAAAACGUGUACAAAACGCUCUUAUAUUACCAUAUAUUGAGUUUAAACCCACCGUUUGUUUACUGUUUCCUAAUCUUAUCCCUUAUU